CCCGGUCGUCCAAAAACACAGCGGGACUCCUGUCCGGAGGCACAGCCGCGCCUAUACCCAAAUCCAGCGACUAAAGCAAAGGCGAGAACUUGGAACGUACAGCUUCGUGGAAAAGACAUAGCCUCCCGUUUUUGGAGAGAAGAGGUGUAAACAGACUCAUAAGGGAAGGGAUAGAGCACGGAGGGGAGGGACCCAGUACGCUGAUGGACUUAGAGACCGAUAGGGUUUCUAAUGCGCAAUGUCUUCUCACCCCUCUCCAUAUCUGUCCGUCUCUCACUGGCGGAAGAUGUAAUUGUUUUCUAGGACUAGGAAUUAUAUCAAGGGUGAAUCCUUGCCUCAGCUGAAAGCAGUUAUAUUUUCCAUUUCCAAUGAUCAACUAGAGCUUAUCCUCCAUCGUCUCUCCGGUCUCCUGCGGGACGGGUGGCAAGAGAGGGUUGGGAGAGACGGGUGUUGAAGCUCUAGUGAAGGGUCUCAGCAGAAUAUUGCUGCAUUUUGGUGGUUCCCAACGGUGCAGUCAUGUGGCAAAGAAUUGUGAUUUGCUGUGCGCUGCUUGAGCUCUGUUCGGCGGCACCGCCCGCUCACAUCAACCGUCUGGCGCUGUUCCCUGACAAGAGCGCUUGGUGCGAGGCCAAGAACAUCACACAGAUAGUCGGGCACACUGGCUGCCAGCCUCGCUCUAUCCAAAACAGGGCGUGUCUGGGGCAGUGCUUCAGCUACAGCGUCCCAAACACCUUCCCCCAGUCCACCGAGUCCCUGGUGCACUGUGACUCCUGCAUGCCUGCACAGACACAGUGGGAAGUGUUACAGUCUUGUCCCAUCGCUGCAACUCUCGUACGGACUCGGGAGAGGCGAAGGUCAAGAGACAUGCAUCCUCCAAAACAUGACCCUGCCGAGCCGCAUUGCUUCUUGACACACUGCCCGCUUAACCCGGAAGCCAGCCGCACCAUUGUGUCGGAGGAAACACAGUACAACUGGCGACGCGUUAGCGUGCAUGCGCCCGGCCGCCACAAGGAGUCACUAGAGCAUGAUGGGACAAGGACAUUCCAGCCUGCCAAACCCUCACCUAACCCGAACGACGAGGGGUCAAUUGUGCAUCGGCUCAUGGGUCUCCCGGUCACGGCCGGCUGUGACACCGCCCGGAUCGAACCCGGAUAUGUAGUGACGCCUCAAGCACUGCGGUGCCUUAGACUGCUGCGCCACUUGGGAGGCCCCAUAAAGGUGACUCUGGAAUGCCCGGGCAGUGAGGACACUCCUCGUGUGGAUAAACUGGUGGAGAGGAUCCUCCACUGCAGCUGCCAGUCCUGCAGUAAGGAGGGAACCCAGGAGGGGGCAGUGAUGCAGCUCUACCUAUCAGAGAGUGCCCAGGACUCUCCUUCCUUACCAGAGAGCCACCAUGGCAGCCCACCCCCUCACUCCCACACAGACACACACUCUCAGCAUGCUCACAAACACACAGAGCCACACCCGCACACGCACACAUCUGAUGGAGGGUAGGUCGCUCGAUCGCCGCUGACACUCCUCUCUCGCCAUUCCUGAUUCUUCUCCCAAACCACUCCACAAGUUGUUUCUUAUACACACAGUUACAGUAUGAUGCAUUUUCCCUUCUUUUCGAUUCAGCCACUGUUUCUUCAUUCAACACCUUAAAAGCACUUUGAAAAUACAACUUCACUUAACAUGACAAUGAAAACUGCUUAUAAAAGCACACACAGAAGCUCACUCAUGCUGUACUCUUCACAAGACAACCAUAGUAUAAAUUAGCGCAUUUAAACUCACCAGUUUACACAAUGUUUGUCAUCUAACUUCUCACUUAGGACAACGAAUAUCACAAUCCUAUACACACUCAGGCAUGCACUCUGACACAGCUAUAGACCUUUGAAGCAGUAGACUUAUUUCUGUUCAUCUGGUGUGAAUUUGUUUUUUAAUCAUAGAGCUACAGUACAAAAUGUACAGUUUCUUGACUUAAUUUCUCUCACCAAUUUGCAUUAGUAUCUGACCUAAAGCUAAAUGUUCCAAUUUGUGCUUCUCAUAUGAGAAUAAAGCUCUUUUUGUUCAAUCUUA